AUGGGUACCGCAUCCAGCAUCUUUUCGCCAUUAGGUUUCCUCGACUUCCCGACGAGCCGGCAGCGAGCCAAGUUAGCGAAGGACCAGUGCAUCCGACACCGCACGCAUCACUUCACAGACUGCGGCCCCACCCGAAGCGAGAGUCCAGGAGCAGGCAACUGGAGCGAGAAGAAAAUGGCAUAUUUAUCCAAGAUCGGUGUCACUUUCUACAGAGCAAUGUCGAUAACCUGGAUUAGCAAGGUUGCUUCUUCUGAGCCAGGCAGCGGGCGUCAAUCAAUUAUACUGGUCUCUUAUAACGGUGCAAUCAACUCCCACAGCCGAAAUGCCAAUCACGGUACCCAAUGGAAGGCUGUGGAUCUGGAGCACGCAGCAGGCACCAACAGUCCAGAGCUGGUUAACGAUCGAAACAUCAAUUGCGAUUCGCACCGGGUGGUUAAGUUGCCACCAACCAAUUCAACUCCUGAGUGCUCUUCAUAA